UUAGCAAUGGCGGGCACAACCGAGCCGCUCCUCCUCACCCCGACGAAGCAGCGCCACCGUCGGUCUGGCUACUUCGCAUGGGGAUGGAAACUCGCCGCCGCGGCUGUUCUGGUCAUGCUGCUUCUGCUGGCUGUCGCCAGCCCUCUGCAUCACCAUAGCCUGCCGGAGACCGUCGAGCUAACCCUCCUUACCGGCGCCGUGGAGAAAGGGGCAGUGUGCUUGGACGGAACCGCGCCGGGCUACCAACUGCAGAGAGGCUCCGGAUCCGGAUCCAAAAGCUGGCUCGUCCACCUAGAGGGAGGAGGUUGGUGCAGCACACUCGAGGAAUGUUUCAACCGCGGAAUGUCUCCGUUGGGUUCGUCAAACUCCGUGGAACCAAUACAGUUCACCGAUGCUGGGAUCCUCGAUAGUGAUCCCGAACUGAAUCCUGAUUUCUACAACUGGAACAAAGUAUAUGUACGGUAUUGCGACGGGGCAUCUUUUUCUGGUGACACGGAAGCUCGUGCACAGGAUGGAAGCACAGUUUACUUCAGAGGACUGCGCAUCUAUGAAGCAGUUAUUGAUGAACUCAUGGAAAAAGGACUUGCCAAUGCUACACAGGCCCUCCUUACAGGUUGUUCCGCUGGUGGUCUAGCGACGAUACUUCAUUGCGAUGAUUUUAGUGCAAAAUUCCCUCGGGACGUUUCAGUUAAAUGCCUUGCUGAUGCUGGGUUUUUUAUUGACGUAAAGGAUAUAUCUGGACAAAGGUCCUUUUGGUCUCAAUAUGAUAGACUUGUUCGCCUCCAGAAUGUUAGCGAAGUGUUGCCCAAGGAGUGCCUUACAAGCAAGAACCCAACUGAGUGUCUCUUCCCGGCUGAGAUAAUUAAGAGCAUCCGCACCCCCAUGUUUAUUCUCAACUCUGGAUAUGAUUCAAAGCAGAUACGACUGAAUCUCGCACCAAACACAUCUGGGCCUGAUAACGCGUGGCUGAGUUGCAGGGACAACAUCCGGAAUUGCAAUUCCACACAAAUUGAAUUUCUUGAUGAGUUCAGGAAUACAACGGUCAAUGAAUUGAAGGUCGUCUAUGAUAAGAAGGGAUGGGGCAUGUUCAUUGAUUCAUGCUUCACCCACUGUCAAACAAUCUAUGGUAUCUCUUGGAAUUCACCUGUCUCCCCGAGGCUUGGAAAUAAGACAAUUGCAGAUGUUGUUGGAAACUGGCACCGUGGAGGGGGCCAAGGAGUGAAAGAGAUUGAUUGCGAGUAUCCGUGCAACCCAACAUGCAGCAGUCUAUUGCAUACAUGAUUUCUUACAGGGCCUCCAUGAUUUGUUACUACAUGUGAUUACCCGAAGAUUCACUAUGUAAAGGGUUCAAGAAAGAAAAGGAAAAAAAUAACAAUCAUCUACUUUAUAUCUCCACUUCUCCACUAGUGUUAAAAAAUGAUAAUUGGGAAUGAAAAUAAUUAUGACCAGAUGAAUGACAAUGUGUCAGACUGAAAAUGGCAUCUGAAUGAAAAACUGGUACUAUUUUUUGGUUCAGGCGCCGAAUCGACAAGCAAAUUUUCCAAACAGAGAGAUGCUUUAUUUUAUUGAUUCAUCAAAUGUUGCUUAAUAUUUUCAAUGCAAAGCUACUAGUUUGUUUUUGGUGUAACAGAGAAGAGAUUUUGUAA